CCGCGAACAGCUGUUCGACGAGGACCAGCUUUAUCGUUUUGUUUAUUUUACGAGUUUUGUGUUUCAUUUUUAAUUGUUAGUCCAAAAUGACGCUCGAUUUGGAUGCAAAUAAGAAGGAUGACAAGCUGCUGAUCGCCACCAUCCAGCAGGAGUACAAAAUUCUGGCUGAAUACAAAAUGAUUGAGUCAGAGAAGUUGAGUGGUAUAUAUGUUAUACCAAGCUACGCUAAUUCAUUGCAGUGGUUUGGGGUCUUCUUUGGACGCCAGGGCUUGUAUGCAGAAAGUGUGUUUCGCUUCUCGAUUUUACUGCCUGAUCGAUUUCCCGACGACAAAGCUCUUCCGACCAUAAUAUUCCAGCAAGACGUGUUGCAUCCCCAUGUUUGCCCGUACACCCACAGCUUGGACGUGAGUCACGCCUUUCCCGAGUGGCGAUGUGGCGAGGAUCACCUCUGGCAGCUGCUCAAGUACACGCAGGCCAUAUUCUCCGAUCCCGUUGACAGCAUUCGGGGCAUUGAGUUGGACAAACUUAAGAACAGAGAGGCUGCAGAGCUGUUGAUGACCAACAAGGAGGAGUUUGCGAACCGAGUGCAGGAAAACAUAAAUGAAAGCAAGGAGCACAUCUACGACAGCCCGCCUACGGAGGAUCCGCACUUCAUAGUAUUUGAAAAGUUUCAGCCCGACUUACACGGGCCAGUUUUGGAGCGCAUUAAAGCCGGAAGGAGCAAGCAGACGGAGACCUCCUCCCAGCAGGCGAAUGGAGGCCACGCCACUGGUCUCUCGUGGGUGAAGGAGGGGGAGUUCAAGCCCCUCAGCAUCGAGUAGAAGCUAUACACUGGCUCAGUAAGUUAUAGACGUAGUACUCAAUUUUAAUCCAUUAAAGUUAUUCGAUUAUA